AUGAUGGUGGUCGGCCUCAGGCACUCGCAAGCCGGAUUCAUCGCCCAACGCCCAAUGCCCGACUACAUAUACCCCUCUCCCUCUCUCUACUACUCCACAUAUUCCGCCGAGCCAAGGUCACGCCUCCUUCUGGAACGUUUCAAAUGUGGACACAUCUUGCCGCAUCCCGACGACGACGACCUCGAUGAUUAUGUGGCGUAUGAAAUCCUGUGGGACUUCUGUGGAGACGGUGGAUAUAGGUCCUCCUGGUGGGUCAUAAUGGGAUACGCACAUAGUGAUGGCCAGAAGUUGGCGGGACUCAAAGGCCCAGACCUGAAGAACUGGCAAGGAGAGUGCACUGACAAUACAAUGUCCGACGAAAGGAUCAUGAUGGGUCCUUAUAUACCUCAAUACAAACGAUUCACAGAGGUCGGAGCUGCGAGUAGACAGGUGAUGAACGUUGCUGGCGUCAGAAUGAGCGGGAUAUGUGGGCGCCAAGAUAUAGUGCCCAACAGCUGUUCGAACGCAGGGCAUGAAUUCGUGGAGAAGUGGCUCUUGAGCAUCCGGAUGGGGAGAAGGGGAGCACUGAGUAAGGAUGCCCGUUAUAAGUGGGCAAAAUAUCCACGGUACAGUGUCCAGAGUGAUGUUAAAGCUCAUCUUGGGACAAGACAAGAAGAGGCGGAAGAAGUUGGGAUAAAGAUAUCUAUAGAGUCGGAAAAAGUGAGAGCUGUCCAAGGAAAGUACCUUACUGGUGUUUGA